ACCAAGAUAUCUACUGCUUCCCUGUUGAUCGCUGGCUAGACGUGAACGAGGGAGACGAGCAGAAACACUUGAUAUUGACAGAAUACAAGAAGAAUACUCCGAAAUCGUGCAAGGAAAUACUGAAGGAAGAAGCAAAAGCAUCACAAAAUACCACUGCUCGAACGUCACCAACCGUUUUACGAACAGAGAAGUCAGAUGGUACGCCGCUCACUGAGAUUAAAUCAACGUACAACGUGGUGACGAAAGGUGGUCUCUUCGAACACAAACGGUCCGGUGCAGACGUGCCGAUAUUUAUUCGUCUGCAUGACAGCCAUAGACAGAUAUCUGAGCCAAUGCAACUCAAACGCGACAAUCAUCAUAAGCACGUGCUUGAAUCUGGCUAUCAUGACGCGUUUGUCGUGUGUAGUGUCAAAGAUCUCGAUGGUAUUUCGAAAGUGGAACUGUGGCAUGAAGCAGAAAAGCACGAUAGAUGGGAUUGUGAGUUUGUGGAGAUAACCGAGAAUAGAACGGGCGAUCGAUAUUGUUUCCCGGUGUGCCAUGUGUUGGCUAGUGAUGAAGCGAAACAUGUCAUCCUCGAUGAGUUCGUAGUGAAUAUGCAAUCGUGCGAUGAGAUAGCAAACCAGAAGAAGGACGAAGCUGAAAGAGAAUCGAAAUUAUCAAAAACAUCUCUAACAAGGCGAAAAUCGUUUGAUAAUGGUGAUGUGAAAAAGCAAAAAGAGAAACAUGUUCGAAAAUAUACAAUACGCACUAAAACAGGUAGUCAAGUAGCUGCUGGUUCAACAACUCCCAUUCAUAUUCGAUUAAUCGAUGAUAAACAACAAUACUCGGAAGAUUUACGUUUGAAACAAGAAGAGGACGAUGAACAUCAUUUUCUACCUGGAGCUAUCGAUGAAUUUCAUGUUAUAUCGCAUAAACCGUUAGGCUCAUUACAUAACGGCAGCGUUGAAAUUUGGCAUUCUGCUCCAGCAUAUCAAGGAUGGUAUUGCGAAUGGCUUGAAAUCAUUGAUGAGCAGACUGAUGAAGCAUAUUGUUAUCCUGUACAACGUUGGCUUGAUAAAGGCGAAGAUGAUAAACGUAUCCAUAUUACGCUAACUACAGUAUCCAAUACUUCAUGUAAAAAUUUACACAAUACAAUGUUUGAAUUACCUCGAACUAAAUCAAAUGUUAAACAAUCUGAGUAUGAAAUAAGAACAAAAACAGCGGAUAAAAGUUUGCAAGGUAUAGUAGGAAAAGAUACACCAAAUGUUUUUCUUAAAUUAUAUGAAAACGGCAAGGAGACUGAACCAGUAAAACUAGAACAUUCGAAAAAUCAUAAAAAGCCAUUUCAACGUCACCAUACAGACAAAUUUGAACUUGAAAUACCCACACGAACAAAUAUUAAUAAAAUUGAUCGAAUCGAUAUCUGGCAUGAUGGUAAAAAGGAUGGAUGGUAUUGCGAUUAUAUUGAAAUAAAAAAUAAGGAAACGAGUGAAGUAAAAUGUUUCAGUGUACAUAAAUGGUUAGAUGAAGACGAUUUCGAGAAUCGCGAUUCAUCGACUAUUCGAUUUAGUAUUGCAAAUUAUCAACAUGUUUCUUGUGAUAAAGUGAUCAGGGAAAGUGGCGGAAAUUUUGAAAAUCAUUACUAUCAUGUGAGAAUAAAAACAAAUUUAUCAACAUUAUCCAAUGAUGCCAAUUUUCAUAUUAAACUCUUUGGUAAACAACAUGAAACGGAAAUGAUUUCAUUAGAUAAAAGUGUGAAUGAGAACGUUGAUGAGUCAAAUCAACGUCCAUUUGAACGGGAUAAGAUUGAUACAUUCGAAAUAAACACACCUGUGAAAAUAAAUAAUUUACAUCAGAUUGAAUUUUAUUAUAAUUUUAAACGUGGACAUUUGUGUGUUGAAUGGAUCGAACUUAUCGAUUUAUCAACAGGAGAUAUUCGAUGUUUUCCACUUCAGAAAAUGUUAACAUCAACAGAAGAUAACAUUGUAUCGAAAUUGAUAUUAAAAGAUCCUUAUACCACGACUUGUGAAUAUGCCAUUGCCGAUAAUAUUGUACUGUGUGAUUCUGAUUUCUCUAACCUGAAAGAAAAUAGUCAACAAAUUCAAAUUAGUAAUAGAGAAUCUCAAUACAAAAGCAAUUAUUGUGUUCGUGUGAAAACAGGAAAGAAAUUACGUAGUGGAACAAAUGGUUGGUACUGUGAAUGGAUUGAAUUAAGCGAUUUGAAAACUGGUAAAUUAUUUUGUUAUGAAGUAGACCGAUGGUUAAACAAGACUAUGCACGAUGGUGUGGCUCGAAUUUCUCUAACAGAAUAUCAUACAAAAAGCUGCGAUUUGCUACCAAAAGAAAGUGAACGAAAACGACAUAAAAAGAAAGAUUUGGAAUCAGUAACGCCGACACUCAAUGACGACAAUAUUCGUCAAUAUGGAAUCCUAUCAGCUGAAUACAAAUCAACAUACAACAUUGUCACGAAAACGAAGAAAGGCAGUUUUUUCGGUAACAAGAGAUUGGGAUUGGAGGCUGAUGCUCCGAUCUUCAUCCGAAUACAUGAUAAACAAGGUAAUGAAUCCGAGCCAAUACAAUUAAAAGUCUCAGUUAUGAACAGAGAUCCUUUCGAAAGUGGGAACAAAGAUUCGUUCGAAGUUGGCAGUGUGAAAGAUUUGCAAGGUAUCGAUAGAUUGGAAUUAUAUCGUGAUGGAAAUAAAAAUGACAGAUGGGACUGCGAAUACAUUCAAGUAACGGAUUACAAGGACUAUCAUGUUUAUUGUUUCCCUGUCAAUCGCCUGUUAGGCGUUGAGGAAGAAAAUCAAACAAAACAUGUUAUCCUCGACGAAUAUCAAUUAGACGAGCCAUGCGAUGAAUUGUCAAAAAAACAACAGAAACAUAAUAUCAGCACCACAGCGACACGGUCGAUGCUCAUGGAUGCUCACCCCGCGUUCUUCAGUGUUGGUGCCCCGGAGACACAAUCAGCGGUGAUGUCUGAGUUGAAAACCACGUAUCACCUACAAACCAAGACGGGCAAAAAAGGCAUGCUUGGACUAUCACAUACCGGAACAAGUAAACCCUACAAACUAUUCUACUCCAUCAUCAUU